AUAUUAUAUAAAGCGCAAUGAUUCGGAUAAUUCAGUUAAGUUGAUUUCCAUUUCAUAUCUCAGCUGGUGGUUAUAUAUAGUGUGUGUUCAAUCAAUCAUUUUAUUAUCGUGUUUUCAUCAUCCUCAAAAUGACCACUAAUGGAGUGAAGGUUAACGGGCAUGGAAACACCCAGAAUAUAGAAUAUUUCGGAGAUAAUGGUCAACAUAAGACUGAAGAUGACAAUAGGAGCACUUAUGAAUCGCUGGUUCAAACAGCCGAUUUCCUCAAGAGGCUGGUACCUUUCAAACCCGAAAUCGGAAUCAUUUGUGGAUCUGGCAUGGGAUCACUGGCAGACGCCCUACGAGACAAAAUCGAAGUGCCCUACGAGCGCAUCCCCCACUUCCCGAGGAGUACCGUCAAGGGACACGCUGGCGCUCUGGUCUUCGGCUACCUUGCAGACGUUCCAGUCGUGUGCAUGAAGGGCAGGUUCCACUACUACGAGGGCUAUCCGCUGUGGAAGUGCUCUUUGCCUGUGCGGGUGAUGAAGCUGUUGGGAGCCUCCCAUUUGAUAGCGACCAAUGCUGCGGGAGGGCUGAAUCCCAACUACAGGGUGGGCGAUGUUAUGUUGGUCAAAGAUCAUAUCAACUUGAUGGGAUUCGCUGGGAAUAAUCCUCUGCAGGGACCAAAUGACGAGAGGUUCGGCCCAAGAUUCCCGCCAAUGAACCAAGCCUACGACCGCGACCUCAUCACCGCGGCCAAGAAAGUCGCCCAAGAAGUAGGCCUGCCCAUCCACGAGGGCGUCUACACCUGCCUGGGCGGCCCCAACUUCGAGACCGUCUCCGAGCUGCGCAUGCUCAAGAUGCUCGGGGCAGACACUGUGGGAAUGUCCACGGUGCACGAGGUCAUCACUGCCCGCCACUGCGACAUGACGGUGUUUGCGUUCAGUUUGAUCACGAACGAAUGCAUCACCGAUUACGAUUGUCAGGAGAAUCCCAACCACGAAGAGGUUAUUGACGUGGGGAAGAUGCGAGAGGAGGUUCUCAAGAACUUUGUGCAACGUGUCGUGAAACACAUCGGUGGCAAAUGAAACAUCGAUAAUUUAUAAUUGCAAUGCAAUUGUGGCUAAAAGAUUUAAUGAAACUUGGG